AUGCCUUCGAAAAAAGUUGCUCCAGCGCCUUUAGCCAAACAGCAGAAAGCUGUCAAGACGUCCGUUUAUGACGCGACGCCUAGAAACUACGGAAUCGGACAGAAUGUCCAGCCAAAACGGGCCCUGAACCGGUUUGUCAAGUGGCCGCAGUACGUGAGACUGCAGAGACAGAAGAAGGUUCUGACCAUGAGACUCAAGGUGCCGCCUGCCAUCGCCCAGUUUUUCCACACGCUGGACCGAAACUCUGCCGUCGCGGUGUUCAAGUUGUUGAACAAGUACAGACCAGAGACAAAGUCCGAGAAGAAGGAGAGACUGUCGAGGGAGGCAGCCGCCAUUGCGGAAGGCAACAAGAAGGAGGACGUUUCUUCCAAGCCGUUUGUUGUCAAGUACGGACUCAACCAUGUUGUUUCACUGAUUGAGAACAAGAAGGCCAAGUUGGUGCUUAUUGCCAACGACGUGGAUCCUGUCGAAUUGGUUGUCUUCCUGCCUGCUCUGUGCAGAAAGAUGGGUGUUCCAUACGCUAUCGUCAAGGGUAAGGCACGUUUGGGUGCAUUGGUGCACCAGAAGACCGCUGCUGCUGCUGCCUUGGUGGAUGUCAGACCCGAGGACGAGGCUACGUUGGCCAAGCUUGUUUCGACAGUGGACGCCAAUUUCGCCGAGAAGUACGAGCAGGCCAGAAAACAGUGGGGCGGCGGCAUCAUGGGCGCCAAAACCACCGCCAAACUGACCAAGAGAAGUAGAGCCCAGGCGGAGUAG